AAUUACAGUAUCUUUUGAAAUUCCAAAUCUUUGAAACCAAGACAUGAAGACUAUAAUAGAGAAAGAGGACCACAACAAAAAACUAGUAACUGACCUAUACAAAGCCUUAGUUUCCAAAGACACAAACACAAUGCAACAACUUCUUGCAUCUGAUUUAGAAUGGUGGUUCCAUGGUCCACCAUGUCAUCGUCACUAUUUAGUCUCUUUACUCACAGGCUCAUCAUCAUCAUCAUCUCAAAAAUCAUUAGUUCCUAAUCUUAUAAUUGGAUUUGGAUCAAUUAUUGUUGCUGAAGGAUAUGAUGAAAAAAACAUGGUAUGGUGGGUACAUGCAUGGUCUAUUUCUAAUGGAAUCAUUACUGAGGUUAGAGAGUAUGUUAACACUUCAGUUAGUGUUACUAAACUUGGUUUUCAUUCAGAAGAUGUUGUUGUUGGUUCAACUUUUAGGUGUAUUUGGCAAAGUAAGCUUUGUGAUGAUUCUGUUCCUGGACUUAUUCUUACAAUCUAGAACAAGUUUCCCUCAAAAUGAAGUACUACUUCCAAAACUUCCAAUCUAUAUUCAAUGUUGAAUUUCUCGGUAAACAUCUUAUUUAGAUAUGUAUCAAUAUAACACUGGGGUGAAUAAUUCUGAUAAAUUCACAAAUAAGAUGUGUAAUGAGGUUUAUUAAUUUUUGAACAUGUCAGAAUUAUCCACAUCAACGUUGUACCGGUACAUAUUCAAAUAAGAUGUAUACUGAAAUAUUUACCAUUUUCAAUAGAACCGUUUAAUUUGAAACUCUAAUUUUUAGUCUUUUAAUAAGUACGAUUUUCUCUUCAAAAUAAUGAUUAAUAGAAAUAAAGCCCCAUCUAAUAGAAUUGAUCUUUAUUUGUU